AUGAUUGAAUUUGAUUUUCCAAAUGUGCUUUAUCUGCCAUUUGGCAAUUCAAUUGACCCAGACUUCUACUACUUCGUAGUCAUUGUCUUUCAGACUGUUAGCGGUUUGUUCUCAUUAUAUCAGCUUCUAGGAAUUUCCCUCAGCAAGGAAUAUGGUCCACAUAAAUUAAAGUAUUCUUUUGGUUCUGGUACGUCAGGGCCAUUCCAACAGUUCAGAUUGUUAUUUAUCGUUCUUCAAACGGUGAUUUUAGGUGGACAAUUGCUACUUAACUCGGGAUGUUUACUUUCAGUAGUCUCUCUAGUUUUGUCUGUCUUGAUUUCUUCUUGUAUUAUUUUGCCCCUUCACUUGUUUGAACCUACCAAGUCUGUUGUUCAAUUGGCAUCCUUAUUGGUAUUUUGGUCCUUGUCUGUUGUCUUGAAUUUGGUUGGAACGGCUCAAGAUGUCUUCUCCGAGCAUUGGAUCUACUCCACAGGAUCCGUCUUGGGUCUCACACUUGAAAUAUCACGUCUCAUAUUGGUGGUCGCAAUUUUGGUAUUAGAGGUUUACUUUUGGUAUCCUACAAAGGAGCUUGUAGAGUAUUAUGACUUGAACGAGUGGAAAAUUGAAGAAGAGGCGAACCUCUUCUCAUAUUUAACUUACAACUGGGUGACUCCCUUAAUAUCUCAAGUGUACGAUACCGAUGAAGUCAACUUCGAAUCGAUCCUCCAACCCCCUGCUUUUGUCAAGUCCGCUCCAACUCUGGAGAAACUUCAAAGUCUUUGGAAUGGACAAUUGGAAAGAGCAAGAAAGAAUGCAUAUAAAAGUUCGACAGCAGAUGAGAGUAUUCCAGAUAGUAAACUUAAAGUGUCAUUACUCUCUCCACUUUUAAGGUUCUAUCCUGGAUUUAUACUUAUUGCUAUACUUUCUGACUUGGUGGAUAUUUCAAUUACGUUUAUCAACCCAUUUUUGUUGAAAUGGUUUAUUAGUUUCUUCACAGAGAGAACAAUGGAACAUGAAGAUAAUCCACCACCCUUGAUUAUUGGCUAUUUCAUUGCUACCCUAAUGUAUUUGAUUUCAGUAUUCGACUAUUUUUUUUUCAAUCAAGCAUCAAUGGUAGAGUUGAGAUUGGGAUUCUGUUUUGAAUCUUCCCUUUCAACCAUGAUCUACAACAAAGCUUUGAAAUUAAGUCCAGCAGCCCGAAGGAAUAAGUCAGCUGGUGAAUUUGUCACCAAUGUCAGUACCGAUAUAAACACUAUUGGAGGUUUUUGCAGUCAAUUACAAGUUUUCAUUAGUGUUCCCUUAAAAUUUGCCUUAUGUUUAAUCCUGUUGAAGAAAUUAAUAAAGGAUGCCACAUGGACUGGACUUAUUACCAUAGGAGUGCUAAUUCCAGUUGGUGGACUAAUUAGUCUUACCUUUGUUUCAUUAUUUCCAAAGUUAAUGAAAGCUAAAGACGAAAGAGCUACCCUAACAACCGAAGUGCUAAAUUCAAUCAAGUCGAUCAAAUUAUAUUCCUGGGAGAAACCAAUGUUGGAGAAGAUUAGAGCAAUUAGAAACGACAAAGAAUUGGACACAUUGAAGAAGAUUGGUAUAGCUAUGUCUUUUGUGAUGUUCUUAUUUCUGUGUAUUCCAUUUUUUGUUUCAGCAGCAUGUUUUACUGCAUUCAUUAGAAUGUACGACAUUCCACUUACUCCAGAAUUACUUUUUCCUUCUUUAACUAUUAUUGGGAUGUUAAAUGAGCCAAUUUUCAUGAUACCAGGCCUUAUAUCUAUGACUGUUCAAGCUUUUACUAGUGUGGAAAGAAUACGUGAAUUGUUUUUAAUGGAAGAGGCUGAUUCUACGUUUGUUAAAACUGAAAGUGCAGAAGGGAAGAGAAUUGGAGACAUUACUGUCAAAUUAACAGAUGGUAAUUUUAAAUGGGAUAAAAAGAUUGACAAUAAGGAAAACACGAAAGAAAAUGGGAAUGACAUAUCUUCAAAUGUGGAUAGUCAAUCAUCUACAGUGCCUGAUGUAGAACCAGUCCAGGAACAACAGCUGGAUAUCCCUAAUUCUGAGGUAUCAUCAUCAACUACUUCUUCUAAUUCUGGAUUUGCGUUGUCAAAUAUUAAUAUCUUUGCAAGGAAAGGACAGUUAACUUGUGUCGUCGGGAAAGUUGGCUCAGGUAAGUCAGCUAUUUUCCAGGCACUCCUUGGUGAAAUGCCACACAAUGAUCCAAAGACAGAAAUAACCAUAUCUGGGUCGAUUGCAUAUUGUGCACAAAUUCCGUGGAUCUUAAAUGGUACUGUCAAAGAAAACAUUUUAUUUGGCUGCAAAUAUGAUCCCGACUUUUACUCAAAAACAAUUGAUGCUUGCGAAUUAAUGUCCGACUUCAAUUCUUUGCCAAACGGUGAUGAAACUUUGGUGGGUGAGAAGGGAAUCUCUCUUUCUGGCGGACAAAAGGCAAGAAUCUCCUUGGCUAGAGCAGUUUACUCAAAGUCUGACAUAUACUUUUUGGAUGACGUAUUAUCAGCGGUCGAUGUUCAUGUGGCAGCAAAUAUAAUUGAGAAGGUAUUGGGUCCUAAUGGACUUUUGAACAGUAAAACUAUACUCUUGGCAACAAACUCAGUUAAAGUUUUACAUGACGCUGAUUGGAUUUACAUGUUAAGUGAUGGAACUAUAAUAGAAGAAGGAACAUUGUCUGAAGUUCUUCAAAAAGAAGGAAAAUUGAAUGACCUUAUACGAGAAUUUGGGAAACGGGACGAAUCGAUUAAAGAAAUAAGUGAGUCAGAGUUUUCUGCAGAUAAUUCUCUUAAACGAACGGCCAGUCGUGAAACAGUUGGAAAUAUGUCGAUAGAUUCUGUAUCUAACUCAAUCUCUGGAUUAGAUAAAGAAGAUGAUGAAAAUUCAGAGAAAGGUGGAGUUCCAUUUUCUGUAUUCAUUGAGUACUUUGAAGCUUGUAACUUUCAUUGGGCCAUUGUAUACAUAGUAUUAACUAUUAUUAUCCUGUUCAUCGGUGUAUUGGAAAAUAAUGUUCUAAGAGAAUGGUCAGAAUUAAAUUCUAAGGCAAACAAGAACGUUGAUUCAUCUCAUUUCUUGUACCAGUAUGUUGGCCUUGGAGUAAUCGGUGCAUUCUUGAAUUUGUUCACAUCUUUUAUAUUAUGGUCUCUUUGUAUUAUUCGUGGUGCACGUUUCUUUCAUGACAAGAUGAUUCAAUCAGUUUUGAAAUCUCCAAUGCGGUUCUUUGAAACAACACCGAUCGGUAGGAUCUUAAAUAGAUUCACACUGGAUAUUUCAGAUGUUGACCUUUCAUUACCAUUUACCUUCAUAAGCUUCGUUAUGACAGUAGUAAGUGCAUUUCUGACAUUUUCAGUGAUAGUUUAUAACUUGCCUUCUAUUGCCAUAUUACUUUUUGGGCUUUUGGUUGUUUAUAACAACAUUAGGAAAUAUUUCAUUCCGUGCUCCAGAGAAUUGAAGAGGCUACUGAGUAGGUCAAAAUCACCUGCAAUCAAUCAUUUUCAAGAAACAGUGAGCGGGAUUGAAACAAUUAAAGCUUAUGAUAGACAAUCAAGCUUCCAGAUGAAAAACAUGAGAAAUAUUGAUAAAGUCAUUACAGCUCAAUAUGCAAGUCAGGCUUGUAAUAUGUGGUUGUCAAUUCGAAUUAAAUCAAUAUCGUGCAUCUUAAUUUAUGCUUCGUCGUUGUUAUCUUUGCUUUCAAUUGGUGGCCGUAGAGAAAUUAAGCCGGCACUUCUAGGAUUCAUUAUGACUUACGCACUUUCCACUACUGGUAUUUUAAAUAAUAUCGUGAGGAUUUGGGCCCAAGUAGAAACUGAUGCUGUUUCUAUUGAGAGAAUCAUAGAAUAUUGCCACUUACCACCAGAGGAAAAUGAGAGCAAUGACUAUGUAUUACCACCAAAGAAUUGGCCCACUCAUGGUGAAAUUGAAUUUGUCAAUUACUCUACAAGGUAUGCUGAAAAUUUAGAUGAUGUCCUUUCGCAGAUUAAUGUUCACAUUAAUAGUCAAGAAAGGAUAGGAAUAGUAGGAAGAACUGGAGCUGGAAAGUCUUCCUUGACAUUAGCUUUGUUCAGGAUAAUAGAAAGCACCUCAGGGAAAAUUUUGAUUGAUGGAUUAGAUAUUUCUAAAAUUUCCCUCUCCACCCUUCGUCAACAUUUGAGUAUUAUUCCUCAGGAUUCACAGACUGUUAAGGGAUCUGUCAGAGGAAACUUGGAUCCGUUAGAAUUAUUUACUGAUGAUCAGCUUUGGAAUGUAUUGGAACUAGCUCAUCUUAAAAACCAUGUGGAGGAAAUGAAAACAGAACCCACUGAAAAGCAAUUAAAGGAUAAUAAAGAUGAAGAAACAAAGUACGGUCUUGACGCUAUCAUUGAAGACAAUGGAUCAAAUCUCUCUGCAGGGCAAAGACAACUAUUGUGCUUAGCAAGAGCGUUAUUGAACCCUUCUAAGAUUCUAUUGCUAGAUGAAGCAACUGCUGCUGUUGAUGUUCAGACUGAUAAAAUUAUACAAGAGACCAUUAGAACAGAGUUCAAAGACAAAACUAUUUUGAUUAUUGCCCACAGGUUAGAAACUAUUAGAGAUAGUGAUAAAAUUUUAGUAUUGGACAAAGGUAAGGUUUCUGAAUUUGGCCCCCCAGACGAAUUGUUGCAGAAUACCGAAGGAAUAUACUAUCUGUUUUGCAAAGAGGGCCAAAUAGAUAAUCCUCAAUAG